AUGUGCUCAUUUGCCAUGACUUGCUUAGGCACUAUAACAGGAAAGACAUCACCUAGAUGCCUAAUAAAAAUUGACCUUCGGAAAGAUUAUGAUAUGGUCAGUUGGGAGUUCUUAGAAGAGAUUCUGCUUGGCUAUGAAUUUCCAGAAAAAUUUGUUCAAUUGAUUAUGGCUUGUGUGACUUUACCAAAAUUCUCAAUCACUGUUAAUGGUGAACAACAUGGAUAUUUUGAAGGUGAAGAGAGAUCUGAUAGAGUAAUGGAAGCACUAAAGCAUUUUAGUGAGGUGUCAGGGGUAACUCAUCAAAUUAAGGAGAGAUUGUUGGCUGCAACAGGGUUCUCAGAGGGCUCUUUUCCUAUUAGGUACCUUGGCCUUCCUUUGUCACCUAAGAAGUGGAGUAAGCUGGAGUGCCAACAACUGAUAGAGAAGAUCACUCACAGAAUCAAUGUAACCUAUGCAAAGAAGUUGUCAUAUACAGGAAGGCUUCAAGUGAUAACUGCAGUUUUAUUUUCAAUAUACAGCUUCUGGGGUUCAGUGUUUAUUUUACAUCAGAGUGUCUUAAAGGAAGUUGAUAAAAGAUGUCGAGAUUACUUAUGGGGUAGUUCAGAAGAUAAGAGAAGAGUACCAUUAGUUGUCUGGGAGAAGAUAUGUUUUCUAAGAAAAAUGGUGGCCUGA